GCGGGAGGGGUGAAUUGUCUACGUCUGAUUGGCUGUCCGGAAAAAUGAACAGUCUUUGUGGGCCGAGGCAGGGACCCAAGAGGAGACCCGGCGGGAUUUCGGGCCACAGGAGGCGGGACUUCUGGACUUAGGGCGCGAGCGGUUGAAAGACUGUUGCUGUCGGUUCGGUUGCUCUGGUCUGACUCCUCCGUCCCAGCUGUCCCCCAUGGCUGACCCCGAGGAGUUGCGGAUUUCCUCGCCGCCGCCCCCGCCUCCCUCUUCUCCUUCAUCUUCAGACACCUCUUCAGCAUCUUCCCCGGGCCUCCCAGAGAGUUUGGGCUGGCCAGUUCCGAGCAGGAGCAGCAGCCGAACGGUGGAUCCCCUGGAAGAAGUGGAGCUGCAGAUCGGAGACGCAGCAUUUUCAUUAACCAAACUUCUCGAAGCCACAUCUGCGGUAUCAGCUCAAGUGGAAGAGCUUGCCUUCAAAUGUACAGAAAAUGCCCGUUUCCUUAAAACAUGGCGGGACCUUUUGAAAGAAGGCUACGAUUCUUUGAAGCCUGGCAACUGAUUUGGCAUGCUUAAUUGUUUGCAUAAUGACUAAUAAUUCAUACGUCCUCAUAUGUGAUUUUGCACACGUAGAAGAUGCUCUCUUUUUAGCAGUUUUGUAUACUAAGAAUGAAUUUUUUCUUGACUUUGUUAAACUUGAAUACUGAAUAUUUUUGAUGCUGACCAGUAAUUGUUUAUUGUUAAAUACUUUCUGCUUUCUAAACUUCCAUAGAAUUUUUUAUGAAGGUUAAUAUCAUCAGUAAAUAGUUAAUAGUGCUUCAGUGCUAUGAGUAGCAAACUAGUUAACCCAUUAUAUGUUUUGCAACAGGAUGAUAACAGUGGCUGAGUUUGACGUUGAGGUUUAUCUUAUAGAGUGAGGGAGAUAACUUUAAGGUUGCCAGUGGUAAAUCUAGCUCCAGUAGGCCAUGUUUUCUGGAGCCAGUGAUUGUGAUUUUUAUUUCUAAAAAAGUAAAGUAGUAUCAACACUACCAAAAUAUUUGUUGAAUAAGAGUUGACAAAAAAUGAAAAGCUGUAUUUUUCCCCCCUAUAUUUAGCAUGAAGACUAAUUGUUUCUUUAAACAAAUGUGUGAAUUAGAAUUUCAUUGACUUAAAAGAAAAUGUUCUCUUUUUUUAUGGAGAUUUUAAUUUUGACAAUAGCUUUUGAAAAUAUAAUUUUUUCCCCUUUCUAUGAUAUUUUUUAAAAAAGUCUUUACUUCAGAAAAUGACUGUCAGGAACGAAUGCCUAUUUUUACCUCUUUAUUCCUGUGGUUAACUGUUUUGAUAGUUACUAUUUUUUGAAUCUGAUAUUUUUGUAUGUUUGAUUGCCGUCUUUAAAGUGCCUUAUCAAAUGUAUGGCUCUGUGCUAUUACUUUUGGAGCUUUGUGAGUUGUUUAUAUAGUAAUUCUGAAGAAUUUACCUUUUUAAUUUUGUGAAGGCAAAAAGUGGAAACCAAAUCAACCCAUGUAUAUGUAAAAAAAAAGAAUUUACCUUUCAAUGUAUCAAAUUUAAAUGCUUGUUUUCAUAUUAUUUGAUCUUAGUGACAGUGUUCUAGUUUGUUUGUCCUGUAUCUUAUGUUGCUUUUUUGGUGGUUUUGUGUCAUGUGUCAACAUUUAAGGCAACUAAUUCUCUACUGUAUAUAACUUCUGAACAUCUUUGAUACGCAUCUUCGUUCUUUGUAAAUACAGAGAUGUGUACAGAACUAAAUUCUAAAGCCUCACAUGGGGCUAUGGAAGGGGACAGAUGGAUGGGUAAAGAAUAGUUUUGUUCAGCCUAUUAGAUCAUAGUUCUUGAUUAAUUUUUUUUUAAAGAUCACACAUAUGUUGUCAUUUCUAUACCAAAGAGGUGCAUAUUUCAGUAUUAGAAAAAUAUUUUUCAUAUAUCCUAAAAAUUGCCAUUUUAAAAAUAUACAAAAAUAAACUUUCAUUAAAUGCAAAUCUUAUUUCCACAUUCUUUGGGUUCAUUAUUUUAAAACUUUUAAAUGACAUAUUUCAAAUGUACAGGAAAGAUGAAUGAAAUAAAGAAUAUGCAUGUAUUUCUGCCACACAGAUUUAAUAAAUGUUAGCAUUUGGUUGUGUUUUCUUCAGAUAUAAAAGACAUACAUUUAAAGGUUGCUUUAUUACCUCUUUGAUCCUAUCCCUUUUCUCCCUAGAGGUAACCUUUAUCCUAGAGGUGCAUAUAGUAGUAUGUAUUGUUAUAUUUUUAAUACAUAUUUGUUUUCAAAGCAGCAGAAUGUAUGUGGUGGCCAGCCUCCAGAUGGUGCCAGUGAUGUUCUGCCUCUGGGUCUUUAGGCACUUAUAUAGCCUCUCCCACAUUGAAUAGUGCUGACUUGCAACUGCUAAGAUAUUGAGGAAAUGGACUGUGCAAUUUCCGAGACCAUGCCUUUUGUUCAUUUUUUGAUUUUUGUCUUUUCCUUGUCAGUCUGUAGGUACUACAUACUUUGAAUAUUAGUGAUCUGUUAUGAAUAUUUCAACUAUUUUUUUGUAGUCUGAUUUGUCUUUGUAUUUUUUGCAUGAUGUGUACUGUGUGUUAAUAAAUUUGCUUGUUUUUCUCUUGUUAAUCUG